AUGGCAGCGGCAAAAGAAAUUCAUGAUACGGAAGAUCCAGGAGCUGUAGACAAACGUACAGUACAAAACUGGCUCAGGUGUUUCAAGAAAGGUGGCACUAGCCUCGAAGACAGACAAAACUCAGGGAGAUCUUCUGUUGUGGAAGAUGAAGCCUUGAUUGAAAUGGUUGAACAACAGCCAAAUGCAAGCACUCGUACAUUGUCAGCAGAACUUGGGCCUUCACAAAGCACCAUCAAUCGACUCCUCCAUAGACUCGGUCUAGUGAACAGAUGCUGUCGCGAAGCUCCUCAUGAAAUCACCAAUGACCAAGUUCAACGACGUGUGAACAUUUGCAAACAACUGCUGGCAAAUCCUCGACUUACUCGGUUUUGGCAUCGAAUUGCAACGGAGAAUGAAAAAUGGAGCUAUUUUCAUAAUCCUAAUAAAAGAAAUGAGUGGCUACGUUCCGGCCAACUUUCAAACCUGUUGUCAAACAAGAGCAGUUUGAAUAGGUCAUGUUGA